CAAAAAUCGAUAGGCUUUUAUUUCCUAUAAAUAAAAGGGUACCACUUAGUUUGAGAGCUAUUUGCUGGGAAAUUGCAUUAAUGUGUACCUACAACUGAGAGUGUUUCGUGUAAUUCUAUUGGAAGCCUAAAAUGGCUUUAAUACGUAUCCUAAUCGGUUUGGUGUUGCUAUUUGGAGUGAAUUUUGUUGAUUCUACUAGCUGCAAUAAUUGUUCAUCGGCUGAAGAUGGUGAAAAUUGUGGAAUUGAAGUAAAAAAUGCUUCCCGCUGUACAAUUGAUGGGGAUUAUGUCCAUUGUAUGACUUAUCAAUAUGCGUCUAAUGAUUCCAACAUAGUGACAGUUCGAGAUUGUCCUCAUAAAGAAUAUUAUAACUGCAAAUCUUUAUAUGCUGAUGGAAAAAAUGAUUCUUUACUGAUGUGCAAUGAGUGCAAUAGUGAAGGCUUUUGUAACGGAAAUAUUGAUACUAGUAACACUUGCGUGAAAUGUGAUAGUUCAGCUGGUCAAGAUUGUGGAGAUUUCAUUAAAGAUGUAGGCGGAAACACAUGCUUUUUGGAUAGUACGGUUAACACGGAAUGCUUUGUUUAUAAGUACAAAGGAGAUUCUUCCACGAUUACAGUCAGAGGUUGUGGACGCAAUAACACUUGCCAAACCCUUCGUUCUGGCGAUUACAAGGACACCUUGUUGAUGUGUGACGAAUGCUCAAACACCAACGGUACCAAUUGCAACCAAAAUAUUCCCGUGCCCAAAACUUGUGUCAGAUGUAACAGCUUAGAGCAACCGGGUUGUGAAAAUGGCACUAUCGACACAAGUAUCAUCACAGGCACUUGUAACUUGGACGAUACAGUUGAUACCGAAUGUAUUACAUACAAAUAUAAUAAUGCCAGCACGAUAGUUACAGUCAGAGACUGCGCUUCAAAGGACACUUGUAAAGAUUUUCUUAGCGACACAUACAGAGACACACUUGUCAUGUGCCAUGAAUGUUCAGAUUCGACAAAUUGUAAUCAAAAUCUCAACGGUUUACCUACUUGUGUGGAAUGUAACAGUUUACAAGAUGCAAAUUGCAGUGAAUCAAAAAUUGAUACUACAACAACAACAGGAGUUUGCUAUUUGGAUAGUUUUGUUAACUUUGAAUGUAUCACAUAUAAAUAUCAAGAAAAUUCGUCUACAGUUUCUGUACGAGGCUGCGCUCCAGAUAAGAAUUGUGAGGUUUUACUUACUGAUACCUAUAAGGAUGCUUUGCUUAUGUGCGACGAGUGUAGUGACGGUGACGAUACAAAUAAUUGUAACCAAGAAUUUGACAGUACAAAAACUUGUAUUCAAUGUAGCAGCGAAAACAAUACAGAUUGUGAAAAUGUUGAUCCAAAUAUCGCUGAUGUUUGCUAUUUAGACCAAACUGUAAAGAAUGAAUGUGUCAUCUACAAGUAUCGAAAAGAAAACAGUACAGAAGUAAUAAUCAGAGAUUGCGCUCAAAAAGAUUAUUGCGAAACUUUAAAUACCGAUUCGUUGAUCAUGUGCUAUCACUGUACUGGAAAUAACUGCAAUAGUGAAAUUCCGAAUUCCAACAAAUGCGUUCAGUGCAAUAGUAUUGAUGAUCCCAAAUGUGCUGACAAUAUUGUUGAUACGAAAGUAGUUAAUGGCACUUGCGAUUUGGAUGAUGCUGUAAAUGUCCAAUGCAUCUCUUAUAAAUAUUUACAAGAUGGAAAAACUCACACUUACAGAGGCUGUGGCUCUAAAAAUUUUUGCAAACAAGCUUGGUCUAACACAACAACGUGCGCUUCCUGUACUGAUGAUGAUAGUAACGACAAUAAGAUGUGCAAUAGUAAAGUUACAUUUGACCCUGAAAAAACUUUGUGCAUUCAAUGCACAAGCGAAGAUGACAAGGAAUGUGGAGAAGACGACAUGAAUUCGAGCAAAAUUAAAUAUUAUUGCUCAUUGGAUGAUGAUAAUAGUGUAUGUGUGGGCUACAAAUAUUUGAAUCCUAACAAUGGUAAAAUUCAAAUUAAUAGAGGCUGUGCUCCAGCUAAUUAUUGUGAUGUUCUGAAUGAAAAUAGCAACACAACAAUCUGUAAUCAAGGAACAAACAUUAUUUCCAAUAAGAAAAUCGAUACAAGCACUGAACAAAUUUUGUGUGUAAAAUGUAAUACUGACGAAGAAGGAUCAAGCUGUGCUGCUGAUGAAGUAGCUUUGACCCACGUCGAAUUUUGCAAAAUGAAUAACACAGGCGAAAAUAGUUGCUUUACUCAUAAAUACCUUGAUAGUUUAACUGGUAAGAUGCACACUGAAAAAGGUUGUGAGGCUUCAAGCUAUUGUGACCAACACGACACAAAUUUGACCGCGUUAUGCAAUGUAUGCCAAGGCGAAAUUUGCAAUAGGAAAACUAAUGCGACAACUGAAAGACCUUUUUGUGUUGAAUGUGACGGCGAAAAAGGAACAGAAUGCGGUAACGAGACAAUUACUGAUUUAAGUAAAGUUGAAUAUUGUGUACUGAACAGUAAUGUAGAUUUAAAAUGUGUUGCGCAUAGAUAUCUUGACGCUUCAACUGGCAAGAUCGAAACUCACAGAGGCUGUGAAUCCAAUGAUUACUGUAAUAAAUCCGAGAAUAAUCUUACAAUAGUAUGUAAUACUUGCAAAGAAAAUGAUAAAUAUUGUAAUAAGGACAUUGACAAAAAUACUGAGAAAACUUUGUGCGUGAAAUGCGAUAGCGAAGCUGCUGAUUCAGAAUGUUCUAAGGAUAGUGUAGAUUUAUCUAAAGUUGACUUUUGUAGAAUAGCUAGCACAGAAGAACUACAAUGUGUGGCUUAUAAGUACUUGAAUGUCGCAACUAAUACGUUCAGUACUCACAGAGGUUGUGAACCUAAAGACUAUUGUGCUCCAUACAACACUAGCAGCACUACAAUAUUAUGUGACGAAUGCAAAAAUGAUAAUAAUUGUAAUAUGGCUAAUGAUCCAACUAAUGUUACUUUCUGUGUACAAUGCCAUGGUGAAGAUGGAUCAGAAUGCAGCAAAGAUACAACUGAUUUAACUCAAGCUGAAUUUUGUAAAAUAGACAGCCCAAAUGGUAAAUGUAUAGCUCAUAGAUACCUGGAUGUUACAUCUGGCAAUGUCAAUACUUACAGAGGCUGUGAAGUUAAAAAUUAUUGUAAUCAACAAAAGAAUAGUACUAAAAUAAUAUGCUCUGAAUGUGAUAAUGACAAUAAUUGCAAUAUGGACAUCAAAACAGACGAAGAGAAAACUCUAUGUGUGUCUUGUAAUGGUGAAGCAUGUGCCUCUAAUUCAAUAGACCUUAAGCAAGUUGGAUUUUGUGGGUUAGUUAGCUCGGACACUAAUAACCGAUGCGUAGCUCACAGAUAUUUUGACGUUAAAUCUGGCAAAAUUAAUACUUACAGAGGCUGUGAACCUGAAAAUUAUUGCGCUCAGUACGACAUUAGUGAAACUUCAUUAUUAUGUAACGAAUGUAAAACUGGAAAUCUUUGCAAUAGGAUUAUCGAGGAUGAAGAUGCUCUCUGUGUACAGUGUAGUACUAAUGAAGGAUCAGAAUGUGAUUCUGACAUGAUAACUCACUUCAACCAAGUUGAUUUUUGCAAAAUUAACAGCUCGAACAAACGUCAGUGUGUCGCUCAUAGAUAUCUCAAUGUUACAACUGGCAAGAUCAGUACUUACAGAGGAUGCGAACUUGAUAAUUACUGUGAUAAUCAAUCAACCGACAAUCCAAUGACAAUAAUGUGUACUAAAUGCACAAGCACCGAUGAUACUGUAUGUAAUAUGAAAAUUGAUACCAGUGCUGAGGAAAUUAAAUGCAUAGACUGUACCGGAGAAGAAGGAACAAAUUGCGCUAAUUUUACAAUAAAUUAUUUAAGGCAAUCCCAUUUUUGUAAACUCACCGAUAAUCAGCAAUGUAUAACUUACAAGUACCUCGAUGAACAAACUAAUAAAAUCAACAUUAAAAGAGGCUGUGAGAAUAAAAAUUAUUGUAAUACAUACAAAAAUGACAGCAAUACACUUAUAUGUGACGAAUGUCACGACGAAAUAUGUAACAUAAACAAUGGAAACGAAGGAAAAAUUAUUUGUAUACAAUGCAGUGGCGAAGAAGAUUCACAGUGUGGUAACAGCACAGUUGAUUUAGCUGAAGUUAGUUCUUGUAUAGCAGAUAGCACAUGUAUAUAUCAUAAAUAUCUUAACGUUUCAACUGGCAAAUUCAACAUUCACAGAGGAUGUGGUGGUGAAGACUAUUGUACGCAACAAGUUAAUAACGGAAGUACUACUGCACUUUGUAAGCAAUGCAAUGAUACUGAUCACUGUAACAUGAAUAUUGACAUAAGUGAAGAAUUAACUUUAUGUGUAUUUUGUGAGGGUGAAGAAGGUUCAGACUGUGCUGCUGCAACAGUUGAUUUAACUAAAACAAGUUUUUGUGGUAUCAGUCCUGAGAAUGCGACAGACAAAGAGUGUAUGAGCUAUAGAUAUAUGGAAGAAUCCACCAAUAGACUGACAACAGUUCGAGGUUGCCAAAACAAGAACUGCUCAACUUUGGUUGUAGAUGAUGGAAAAAUUCAACAGUGUUCUGAGUGUCAUGAAGACAUUUGCAACGAUUAUCUUGAAAUAAUAACCACUACGACAUUGCCACCGACUAAUACGACAUUGCCACCGACUAAUACGACAUUGCCACCGACUAAUCCGACAUUGCCACCGACUACGACAUUACCACCGACUACUACAUCUGGGGCAACGUCUAUUAUCCAAUAUAAAUUUAAUGUUUUGUAUUUAUAUUUAAUUCUUAGUGUGUUAUUUUUAGUCGAUUAGAAAUAUUUAUAAUUUAUAAUACAAUAAAUUGACUACCUAUUACAUUAAGUUGUAUUAGUUGAUUAGGCCAA